GUCUAUAGAGCUUCGCAGCUAGAAUACAUAUCACCAUAGAUCCGCUACCACUCUCGAUAUCGUCCUGGGACUUCAAGUGACCAUGGGCGACAUGCACGAUAUUGUUACAAUUGACAAUAGACUCCAGAUUGUUUUCGAAGAUCUUCACCUGAAGUAUGGUAACAGGAUGCAGGAAGAGGUUGCACAUCCUUUGGGGAAUGUUCCUGAAGGCAAGCUUGAAAGCCUCAACGCCCUGCAAGCACAGUUUACGAACGACCCCCGCCCCGACAAGGCGGACCUCAUGUGCGGUGUCUAUCAAACUCAAGAGGGGAAUCCGUACGUCUUACCAUCGGUGAAACUAGCGCGGCAAAUGUUAUUCGAUGACCCGGAAUGGGAGCAUGAAUAUCCUGCGUCUCAUCUUGGUGAGGCACCAUUUCGAGACAUGAGUGCACGUCUGUUGUUUGGGGAGACUAGCCAGAUCAUAAAGGAGAAAAGGAUUGCAUCAAUGCAAACUCUUGGAGGUAGCGGAGCAUGCCAUAUGGGCGCCAGGUUUCUGCGAAUGCAUUAUGAACCGUAUCAAUCCAAUGUCAGAGGGAAAGUCUAUAUUCCUUCAGAAACGUGGGUCAACCACCCGAACGUCUUCCAAGCUGCAGGGUUCGAAACAGCCAGCCUUCCGUACUACGACUCCUCGACCCACGCAUUUAACUUCAACGGCCUUGACGAAGCUCUUAGACAAAUCCCGUCCCAGUCUAUCAUCGUGCUUCAAGUCUGUGGGAAUAACCCGACCGGCUGCGAUCCGUCCGCAGAGGAGUGGCAGUGCCUUGCACAGACAUUCUUGACCAAGCAGCAUUUAGCUUUCCUUGAUCUCUCCUACCCAGGUUUUGUGUCCGGCAGCGUAGCGGAGGACUGCAUGCCUAUCCGUCUGUUUACUGAGGUGGGAGUUCCGCUCCUACUCGCCACAACGUACGGCAAAGCAUUCGGUCUCUAUGGAGAGCGCGUCGGACAUCUUUGUGUACCUUUGCCCACUGCUCAGGCUGCGGCGCGGGUCGAGCAACAGAUGAAACUCAUGGCCCGGGAAGAGACGGGCGCGCAACCGCGAUUUGGUGCGAAGCUGGUAGCAAACAUACUGGGGAGCCCGCGCCUCAAGAUGGUGUGGGAGGAGGAUCUCAGGGGCCUGGCGCAAGAUUUGGCUGCGAGGCGAGAAUCAUUGAAAAGAGAGCUGAUUAAGCAGAAUGCUCCUGGCGAGUGGGGCUUUGUGACGAGUCAGGUUGGGAUGUUCUUAUACACAUCUUUUGACCCCGAACAGAUCAUACAGCUAAGGGAAGAGUACGCUGUGUAUUUGCAGGACACGGGACGGCUGUCCAUUGCUGGACUCAAUGCACAGAAUACUGCCCAUGUUGCGGAAAGUAUAGCAAAAGUCUUGGGGUGGCACAAACACUAAGAAUACGUGACAAGUCCAAUUACAGCUCUUGAUAUUUCAAUUUGUUAAGAACUACUCUCUCACAUUGACCACGUGCUGUGGUAACAGUAAGCUUAUGUCUUUGACUUGUUACUACGUCUUCGUGAGUAAACUUUCGCCGAGUUUGUU